UAUUAAGGGCUACCCUGCCAUUCGUUAGACCUACGGAAGCCUCAGUAGACGUGAUAGAAGGACAUACGUUUCUCUCUCUCUCCACCAGGCCAUCGCAUCUCAUAACAUCCACCACCACCUGGAACCAGAGAUAGAAGGACACAUUAGAAGCCAGCAAUCUUAUUCUUUGGCCUCUCUUGGAGUUGAGAACAAUGGAAGGAAGUCGGAGAGGAAAGAGGCCAGCUUGUGUUGACUCCCCAUCAUCAUCACCACCACCACCACAACAAGCUCCGUUAACCGAGGCAGAUGAGGAGGAAAAGAUUGAGAAGUUCUAUGCUCUUAUAGGAAACAUCAGAGCCAUGAGAGAUCUCUGGAGAACCAGCCCAACAAACAAGAGGCAGAGGAAGGAGGAGCCACUCUGGCGGCCAACUUUCGCACCGGAGGACUUCAUUGAUCCCGACGAAACUGCCGGGAGGCCAGAAGGUGGAUUGGUUGCUUGCAAGGAGGGAAAGAGACGGAAAGGGGGAGAGAAGGAAGCGAGAGGAGGAGAGGAGAGCAGUUUGGAUCUCAACCUUGCUCUCUACUAGACAAAUACACACUUAUUUGUGAUUGUACUUCUCAAAAAAUAAAAAUCUGAGAUCAUAUGGAAAGGAGCUUAUUCUCGUUCCUUUUGUUUGUUCUAUUAUAUUUUCUUUUUUAAAAAAAAAAAUCUCAUCUUCCAUCUUAAACCA